AUGCGUGGCCGUUGCAGAGAGCUGUUGAAGAAGAAUGCGCUCCUUGAGGCUUCAGCUUCUCAAGGCUGGAAGAAGCUCACAGCAAACAAACUUGCCCUUGCGGUGAAGCAAGAUGCCAUCAAGUCCCAUGGGCACAAGUACUCCAUGACACAUUGUCUAUGGAUUGACACAAACCUGUUCCCUUUGCACAUGUAUCCUAACAUUGACCUCUCUAGCAAAGAGUGCUUGCUCUCUCCACUUGCUAUCAAGGAUGGUGUCAACACUGAGUUGUUCCUCUUCAUUCCUCAGACUGACCACGAGUUGAUGAACUACAAAAACUUUGGGAGUAGUUUUGCAAAAGGCAUCAAUUCCAUCCGUUCCGAGAUGGUUUCUGAUGUCAAGUCGUGUGCUGGCGCCCUGCUCAUGAAUCCAAGUGGCGCUUACACCAAGUUUGCGCCAGUUCUAUUUCCUAAUCCUGAAAAUCCAUCAUCACAGACCUGUCUAAAGACAGCCAAGCUUAUUCAGGUUCAUUUUGAGAGUCUCAAUUUUUGGCAAGAGUUCACUAUCUUCCAAAUCAAUCCCAGCUGGAAAAACGAAGGCAAAGAUCUGGGAGUUGCGAACUACAACUCCAGGCAUGAUAGCAGCAGCAGCCAUUCGUCAGCGAUAUUUCUCCUCUCUGGUGACAAAGACCUCCUUCCAGUGGGAGCUGAUAGUUAUAUACCAUAUUGCAAGUACCACAAUUGGUACUCCCAACGAUUGACAAGUGGAGACAAAUGGUCUAAAGAUGUCCUUACAUUCUUCAACAACUCCAUUUUCUCAGCUUCCACUUCCACAACUGUUAACAACAUCACCACGCAAGGCAACCCAACUGACACAUGGGAAGAAGAUUUUGAACAUGCCUUGGAAGAUGGGGUGGAAGCACCUGUCUUCAGUGCUAGUGCUCCACCAGUGUUACCCAAAUCCUUGCCUCCCAAUGAACCCCCACCUCAAGUCUCUAUUGACAAUACAGAGAUGGAUUCAGAUGCAAUUGCUGCAGCUCAAAGCGAACCCUCAGGAUCUAUCUCUACUGCAAUGUGA